AUGUCUGUUCCCGUGUCCCGCCGUCUCCACUGCCUCUUCACCGCCAAACCCACAGCCUCAUUCACCAAACCCUCCACCACCUUCAACCUAUCGCCGCCCUCUUCCGCCUCCAACUUACUACCCAAACCUCCCAAACCCACCACCACUUCCCCAUCCGCCUCCGACUCACUACCCAAACCUCCCAAAUCCACCACCACUUCUCCCUCCUCCUCCGACUCUUCUGAAGAUAAAAAACUCAAAACCCUUGUCAAGAAAUUCAAGAAAGCCUCCGAAUCAGCCCAGUUUCGCCGCCGCAACAGAGACUACGGAAUCACCGUCCUCCGCCUCGCCGCCGCCCGGAAGUUCUCCUACAUCGAAGACAUCAUCGAACACCAAAAGAAGUACGAUAUCAUCACCAAAGAAGGCUUCACUGUGCGCCUCAUUGGUCUCUAUGGCAGGGCUGGCAUGUUCGAUCAUGCCCACAAACUGUUCGACGAAAUGCCCCAACUGAAAUGCGAGCGCACCGUGUUGUCUUUCAAUGCCCUCCUCUCUGCUUGCGUGAAUUCGAAGAAAUUCGAUAAGAUUGGCGAGCUUUUGAAGGAUUUACCGGCGAAAUUGUCGAUUAGUCCUGACGUGGUCUCGCACAAUACGGUUAUUAAAGCGUUUUGUGAAAUGGGUUCUUUCGAUUCUGCGUUUGCGGUGAUCGAUGAGAUGGAGAAGAAUGGAUUGAAGCCUGAUUUGGUUACUUUCAAUACACUUCUCAAUGCUUUUUACAAGAAUGAUAGGUUUUCUGAUGCAGAGAAAGUGUGGGCAUUGAUGGAAGACAAGAAUGUUGUCCCCAAUGUGAGAAGUUAUAAUCCAAAGCUGCGAGCUUUGGUGGCUGACAAUCGAAUUUCCGAAGCAGUUGAGUUGUUUGAAGAAAUGGGAAGCAAAGAAGUUAAGCCAGACUUGUUCAGCUUCAAUGCUUUGAUCAAAGGGUUUUGUGAUGAUGGGAAUAUGGAGGAAGCCAAGAAAUGGUACAAAGAACUGUCGAAAAAUGAUUGUAACCCAAAUCGUGUGACAUUUACAAUGCUUGUUCAGCUUGCUUGUGAGAAGGGUGAUUUUGAUUUCGCUCUCGAGUUGUGCAAAGAGGCAAUCAGUCAGCGAUGUCUUGUUGAUCGGGAAGUGAAACAACUCGUGUUAGAUGGAUUGGUCAAGGAAUUGAAGAUGGAAGAAGCAAAGGAGCUUGUUGAGCUUGGCAAGUCAAACAGUUACUUCGAUUAUAAACUGGAAUUGCCUUCAGACAAAUAG